CAGUGAGCCAAAAUGCGAGCGUUCUUGUCAAACGCUCUUGCUGCUAAAUGAGUUAGCGGGACCGUUUCGCGGAGAUUUGGGAUUACAUUGAGCAAUUUCACAAGAGUUCCCAUAAACGAACGUCGUCAUGGAAACCCCCACGCCGCCGGAAGAUCAAGAGCUUCGCAACGUGAUCGACAAGCUGGCCCAGUUCGUGGCCCGGAAUGGUCCCGAGUUCGAGAAGAUGACCAUGGACAAGCAGAAGGACAACCCCAAGUUCUCCUUCCUGUUCGGUGGCGACUACUUCAGCUACUACAAGUGCAAGCUGGCUCUGGCGCAGCAGCAGCAUCCCUCUACCCACGAUGGGGAGGAGUGUAAAUCUGAAGAACUCUACAACCCGGGCGCCUUGGACGUGCUGGACAUCCCGCCGCCGCCUGUGCCCAUGAUGGCGCCACCGGCCUCCGCCGCCGCCGCCUCCGGCACCACGCCCGCCAUGGAUGACGUCAUCCAGCAGAGUCUGUGGAACCUGCAGCACCAGGAGCAACAUCUGCACACGCUCAGACAGGAACAAGUGAGCGCAGCCAUCGCGGCGGCGGCAGAGGAGCAGAUCCAGAAGUUGAUCGCGGAAACUCAUCUGGACGUCGCCGAGAUGGACAGCCUGCUGCAGCCCAUCAUUGACACGUGCACCAAAGACGCCAUUUCGGCGGGAAAGAACUGGAUGUUCAACAACGCCAAGACGCCGCAGCACUGCGAGCUGAUGACGUCGCACCUUCGCAACCGCAUCGCUGCUGAGGGAGCGCAUUUUGAGCUCCGCCUACAUCUCAUCUACCUGACCAAUGACGUGCUACAUCACUGCCAGCGCAAGCAGCAGAAGGAUUUGUUGGCGGCGCUGCAGAAGGUUGUGGUUCCAAUCUACUGCACCAGCUUCUUGGCUGUGGAGGAGGAGAAGCAGCAGAAGAUCACCAGGCUGUUGCAGCUGUGGGAGAAGAACGGCUACUUCGAUGAGGAGACCAUUCAGCAACUCCAGAAUCCAGCUCUCGGUCUGGGCCAGUACCAGGCCUCGCUGAUCACCGAGUACGCCGGCGUGGUCCAGCCCAUCCAGCUGGCCUUCCAGCAGCAGAUCCAAGUCCUCAAGAGCCAGCACGAAGACUUUGUGGCCAGCCUCCAGCAGCAGCCCGCCACCCAGCUGCCGCCGCCGGCCGCUGACGCGGAGAAGCCCAUGACCACGCAAGCAGCCGAGGCGAAGCCCCCAAUGUCGGGUCCUCCGCCGGGCGAGUUUGACGAAGCGCCGUCGCGAUCCCAGGACCCCAGCAACCCCGGCGGACCCUCCGACCUCCCCCCCAAGCCCGCGUGGUACGACUCCCAGCACAUGGGCCCGUGGAACCCCAACCAACCGCCUCCUUUCGACCCGAACCAGCCGCCCCCGCCGUGUCCGCCCUGGAACAGCCACGAGGGGAUGUGGAACGACCAGAGGGAGCCGGGCAACUGGAGCGGGGGUCCGCCCAGAGACGGGGGGCCCUGGAGCGGUCCCGAUCCGGGUCCUCCUUCUUGGAACUCGUACGACCAGCAGCCUCCGUGGGGGAACCAGCCCGAGCAGCCGCCCUGGGGCCAGAGGGAGCCGCCCUUUCCGCCCCGCAUGCAGAGGCCACCCCACUUCAGAGGCCCCUUUCCCCCCCACCAGCAGCAGCCGCCGCCCUUCAACCAGCCCCCGCCGCCGCACUCUUUCGGACGCUUCCCGUCGCGCUUCAUGCAGGACGACUUCCCUCCGCGACACCACUACGACCGGUCGCCCUACACGCCUCACCGCUUCGACUACUCUCAGGGAGACUUCCCCAGGGACAUGCCGGGUCCGCCGCCGCCCCCUCCCCACCACUCCAACCAGAGGCUCCCCCCCUCCGGCAUGGGGGGCGACCAUCCUCCGUGGGGGGGAUCCCAGCACCCAGACUACGGGCCUCCGCCCCCCCACGGGUUCAACGGCCAUUCGCCGCACGUGCGCCACCGGCAGCCCCCGGUUCCCGUCCAGGACGACCCCAGCCUGGUGCCCAACGUUCCCUACUUCGACCUUCCUGCCGGCCUCAUGGCGCCGCUGGUCAAACUGGAGGACUACGACUAUAAACCUCUGGAUCCAAAAGACAUCCGCCUGCCACCCCCCAUGCCCCCGAGCGAACGCCUGCUGGCCGCCGUGGAAGCCUUCUACAGCCCCCCCUCCCACGACCGGCCCCGCAACAGCGAAGGAUGGGAACAGAACGGCCUGUACGAGUUCUUCCGGGCCAAGAUGAGAGCGCGCAGAAAAAAAGGUCAAGAGAAGCGCAACAGCGUUCGUGUGAGCAGUCGUUCCAGGAGUCGCUCGGGCAGCCGGGGCAGAUCCUCCUCGCCGUCCAGUUCUCGCUCCUCCAAGUCCAGGUCCAGGUCCAGGUCCAGGUCUCGCUCCUCACGCUCCCGAAGCCGCUCACGAUCCUACUCGCGCUCCAGGUCCAGGAGUGGAUCCAGGUCGUCGCGGAGUCGCUCUCGCUCCAGGUCGCGUUCACGCUCGCCCACCAGGAGGCGCCGAGGACAUAAAUCACGCAGCUCCUCACCACCCUCCACGUCGUCCGCCGGCGGCGCCGCCUCCUCCAAAGGCCCCCCCGACUCCCGCUUGGGCGAGGAGAACAAAGGACAUCAGCUCCUCAUGAAGAUGGGCUGGAGUGGCUCUGGUGGUCUGGGUGCCAAGGAGCAGGGCAUCCAGGACCCCAUCAAAGGAGGCGACAUCCGCGACAAGUGGGACCAGUACAAGGGCGUCGGCGUCUCCCUGGACGACCCCUACGAGAACUAUCGCAGGAACAAGAGCUUCAACUUUGUGGCGCGCAUGAAGGCGCGAGAGGAAGUGAACCGAGAACCUCAGGAGGCUCCUCCCGCGGAAUGAUGUCAUCAAAGAGCGCCACAGCCUCAUCGCCGGUUUUUACCUUUCACCCUUUUUCAAUUGUCAAACCACAAAUAUUGUGGAAUGAUGCAUUGUCAUGAAUAACAUAUUUGUGUCUCCUACUACUACUACUACUAGUUUGAUUCUUCUUUUUUUUUUUUCAUAAAAAGUACAAUAUUGACUUUUAUUUGUAACACAGAGUCAUAGAGUGGUAGCAAGUGUGUAGACAAAAACAAAAUAAACUCCACUCAUGCUCGCAAAUGGGUUUGUAGAUUUUUCUUUUAGCAACUAAAAUAUAAUUGUUUUAUUUUGCACUACUGAAAAAGGUCAAUGUCUCAGGCACUGUCAAUCACAAAAAAUGAAUUCUAUAUUUUCUAAUAAGUCAAGUUUAUUUAUAUAGCCCUUCAUCAUAAAGAUGGCAUCAGAGUCCAUUUUAAACCAUUUUAAAUGGAAAUACUGAUAAGGCACACUUAUGAACCUCAACUUUUACACAGAUCAGGACAGCAAAUGUAUUUUAUUAUGGGCACGUCUGAUCUGUUAUGGCGUCUUCUCUGCUCAAAUGCAGUAACGGAAAGAGCCACGGGUGGCAGUCUGGCUGAAGAAAUGAAGCUUUGUUGACAUGGCAACGCCUGCAAACAAUUCCACGUACCUAAAAGACUACAAACAAUAUUUUUGAAAACGUAAAUGUUUUAAAAAAAAAGUCACAAUGUAACGUGUGUCAUUAAACUUUCAAGAUAG